AGAUCACAAGUAGAAUCACUGGUAAGAGGUUGCUAGGACACAGUUGUCAGGGAGCCUUCUAUCUCUUCUGUACACUCUCAAACACAAGCAAUUUCCCUAAACAGCACAACUCUAAGGGAUUGGAGAAUGUGUUGCUCUUGAGAGCAGCUUUCGCUGCAAACGUCAGUUUGGUAGAGGUCUGAAGCAGAGUGGAGCUCAGGCUGAAUCAUCUCUUGAACAACAGACAGAAACAAAUCUUUAGGCCAUGAUCAUUGUUGGUCAACUGUUGUGGUUGCUGCAUUUUUUCCAUACCGAUUAUUGUCAAAUGUAGAAGGGGGGAUUUUUAUCUGGAGGACUGUUUGAUACUCUUAUCCAUCAUGAGUUUGAAAGCAAGAGUGAUGUGUGUCCGUGAGAUUGCAUGGGCUCUGGAGGAGUGUCCAUUCUUUGAACCAGUGGAUAUCGCCUCUGAGGGAAAUGGCUUGUGUGCUCCUGGCCUCUUCAAAUCAAGAAAGGUGAGGCCUGUUGCCCGAAUCAAGAAAAGCUCCUUGUCUCUGACACAGAGCUCGCCUAAGGAGUUCUUUUUGGCACUGCUGGAAAGAACUGCGAUAGAGGAGCUUUGUUAUAAGGUGAACAAAGCCCUUGAUGAGGACCUUACAAUCUACUGUCAGAACACAGAGAGGUUGACAGAAGUUCAUUACUUCGACUUUGUUAUGUGGAUUGCCAUUGGCCUCAGAAUUGGGCUCCACACUGAGGCCUGCCUGGCGCGCCCUCUUCGGAUCACACCGUCCAUAGAGAACUGGUUGGAGAAGUUGAGUGGGUCUUUCCAGAACAGCCUGCUGUGUUUGUGCAGACGCGGCGAGGAGGAGCACUGGGAGAUCCUCCACACGCUCAGAGAGCACGUCUCGCGUCGCUUCCAGGACACAUACACACCUGGCCAGCAGCUGCUGGUGAAGAAGUUCAGCCUCCUGGUGGACGGUCAGGUGUGCGCGCUCAACGUGGCCGUGCUCUUCGAGCUCUCCACCGGCUACGUGUGCAACUUCUACCUGUACUCCAUGCCGCUGCUCCAGAGAGGCUCUCAGGCCUCGGUGCUGGAGCAAGUGCUUCACCAUCUCCUCAAGCCGUACGUCAACAAGGGCUACCAUGUGCAAGUGGACAGCUCGGCCUUCAUGGAGGGCAAGCUGACCCAGAUAUUCUCUGGCCUGGGAAUACAUCUCAAGUUUGUGAACUUUGGCCUGGACGAGCAUGCGUCUGAGAACGAGUGCCCCCCACUGGUGGAGCAGAGCGCAAAUCUGCUGCAGUCUCACCUCCAGGGCUGGGUUGGCCCUGCAGUGCUAAGCAGCGCAGGUGUCACAGACAUACUCUUCCAGGGCUUCUGGGUGAUAGUGCAUCUGACUGCCAUCAACUCCUUUGUUAUGCACUCAAUGCCAGUGAUGAAAACUGAGGGAUGCAUGAAUUUGAGUGAGUUUGUUAAAGUCGUUGCCUCACAACUGCCCAUGGAAUACUUUCUAGCAACUCCAGGGACAUCAGAAGCACGCAACUCAACAGACUGGAGUUGUAACUCAAAUGCAAGAACGUGGUCUUCUGACAGCGGCCACUGCGUGAUCUCUCCGGAGGAGCUCAGCUCCACCAGCGGUGGGGUUACGGGGCCCCGACGGCAGCUGGGCCUGUGUGGCCUGGUCAACUCGGGCAACUCCUGCUACGUGAACGCCGUGCUGCAAUGCCUCUGCAGCACCGUGCCUCUGGUGGAGCACCUCCUCAGCGAGCAGACCAAGGAGGACAUAUCCAGGAGGUCGUGUGAGGUGGCUGGGGCCUUUGUCACUUGCCUGGAGACAAUGUGGUCAGGGCAAAUGGACACUUGGUGCCUUUCCAAAGUGAGAGGGAAAAUGUGUGGCCAGCACUCUUUGUUUGGCAGCAACUCUCAGCAAGAUGCCCAGGAGUUUCUUCUCUUCCUCUUCAACGCCCUCCAUGACGACCUUGUCAAGAAUGGAGGCAGACUGAAGAGGGUGUCCAGCAGUAAGCAGAGCAAGAAGACCUCUAACCUGGGCCCUGACUCGUCCAUCAUCACACACCUGUUUGAAGGCCAGCUCACCUACAACACUCUCUGUAUGCACUGUGACCACCAGACACACAGCAACCAGGUCUUCACCAUCCUGUCCCUGCCCAUCCCACCCGACAACUGCAAAUGUCCACUGCAGGACUGCCUGGCUCUGUUCUUCCAGCAGAGCACUCUGACCAAAGGCGACCAGAUGUGGUGUGCCCAGUGUGGGAUGAGGCGCGACGCGGCCGUCCUCACCACGCUGUCUCAGCCCCCGGAGAUUCUCAUACUUCAUCUGAAACGGUUUGACUGUCAGGGACAAACCAAGAGGAAGGUCAGAACAAAUGUGAUUUUCCCUUUGACAAAUUUGGAUCUUUCUCCUUAUCUAAACGAUUCAUCAUCGCAACACAAUAACUAUUCAUUGUAUGGGGUUGUGAACCACACCGGCGACUUGGACAUGGGCCACUACACCGCGUGCUGCCACAGCAGCGUUGCCAGGCGAUGGCACAUGUUUGAUGAUGCAAAUGUGGAGAGCCUCCCGGAUUUUCUUGUUCAGUCCCAGAAUGCGUACAUCCUCCUCUACUCAAGAGAACAAUACAGCCGACCUCGUAUUCCAGGGGUGCGCCUACACACACGUUAGCAACACUUAUGGCAAUAUCACAUGGAAAUGUAGUGGGUUUACAGUUUGAGAACUCAACUUUAUAAAAAUGAAAAGUCCUGCU